AGAAAUUCAAGACUCGCAGACAUUAUUCAAGACAGUCAUGGCGAACCUGCACUGGAAGAACAGUGAARCCGAGUAUCGACGUCGGCUCAAAUUCUUCAUCGACAAAACUAGACAAAACGAAAACCUCUAUGAGCUUCUAAACGACAUUUUACCAUCAGCAAUCGCCGCCAUUGGCUACGACCUCAAGAAACAGAGCCAAAUCAACAUCCUAAGCAUUGGAAGUGGAAACGGUGAGACUGAUUUAGAAAUUCUAAAGAUCAUUAAAGGUAGUUUUACAAGUUUAAAAGAGCUGCAAGGGGCGGUUGGACCAAUCAAAAUGUUUAACCGAGCUAUAGAACCUAACGAAAACGCCAUGGACAUCUACAAAGCUGCAGUUGAAAGCCAAAAAGAAGAAUUCAAGAGUGAAGAAGUAGCCUUCGACCUCGAUCCACCGAGAACAUUUGAAGACUACGCAGUCGAGCCGAAAGGUGAUGAUAAGUUUGAUAUAGCACACUUUAUUCAUUGCUUGUACUUUAUAGACGUGGAGGAGGCGUUGGUCCACUGUUACAAUACAGAAUUGAGAGAAAAAGGGAUGUUGGUGAUUUGCAUAGCUGACUUAAGUGACAUAAUGGUAUUGCUUGAGAGUGAGGAAAAAACUUUAGAUCAGUCAAAGUAUGCCCUGGUCAAUGAAAACAUCUCCUUAGUCCUCCAGAAAAAUUCCUGGAAGUUUGCAGAACACCUUGAAGAGCAUUAUUAUGAUAUCUCUGAGGUUUUCGACGCAAGCUCUGAACAAGGCAACCUAUUUCUUGAUUUUCUAACAUUCAAGAUAAAUUUUCGUUCAAAUAGCAGUCAAGAAGCCGUGGAGAAAUUCUUGGAUAAUAUCAAGAAACAUUGCUUGCACAAAGAUGGGAAAUACUUCGCCAAGAAGGCACAAAGAAUCGUCGUAAUACACAAGUGAAGUAACUUAGUAACAAAGGAAUCCCAAAGGAAUCUCGAAGGACGAAAAUU